CAGAAUUAAAGGAAAAAUUAAAUGAUCAAACAACUGGAAUUAACAAGAAGCAUCAAAAACGAUUUAAUGAUAAACAAGAGCAUGUUGAUGCAAUCAUAAAAAUUGCACUGGCUGAGCAUGAAUCAGUUUAUAAUGACAUUAAUUUGUUAAUUAGAGAUAGUGAAAGAUUUUCAUUAGAAAAUCUUAUGAAUUAUGGAGUUAUCAAAUUUCAAAUAAAAUUUGUCAAAAAUUAUUCAAAAACAGUACAUUAUGAAUACUAA